GUGGCGUCCAGCCACUCCAUCCAAGCAAAAGGAGACAAAAGAAACGGCAACACCGAAUAGCCCCACACAAGUCAAGUUACAACGACGACCAUCCGCUGAAGGCGGAGAAGCCGAUAAGAAUCCAAUGCCAAUUCCUCCCAAGACUGCACAAUCCCAUUACCAAGCCAAUUCAGCAAAGGAAAUGUCUUUCCUCUCCAAAUUGCCGCUCACCAUCUCAGCACUGCUGAUACUGUGGAGCAUCACGGUUCGCAGCGCGCCGAACACCAAUAUCACUUCAGUUCUGUGCAACUCCGGCACGUACACUGCCGGCGAUCCUUUCACCAUCAGUCUAGCCUAUGUCCUUUCAGACCUUCUUGCAGUAACGCCCUCUCGCAAAGAUCAUGACUACUACAACGUCUCUCCCUUCCCCAACGCUUUCGCCUACGGCCAUGCGGCAUGCAAGGCCAACCUCGCCGGCGGCGAUUGCUCGGUAUGCCUCCGGUCAGCCAAGGGGGUUAUGAACACCACCUGUGGGAUGGCAAUUGGUGCGAGAUCAUCGCUUGUGGAUUGCGCCAUCCGAUAUGAACAAUAUCCUUUUGUUAAUUAGAGUGUACCUCCUGGUUCUUCCUUGUGUCUUGCUGCUGUUUUCUAGUUCUUGCUCUUUUAAAGAAAUACAAACACUAUUUCAGGCUCA